GGAGGCGCCUUCCCGUCCGGGAAGAACCUGACCGGAAAUAAAGCUCACCGGAAGUGUCGUUGGUUCAGUGUGCAGCUCUCGGGCUGGCGGCGGGACGGUGCUGUUAGCUGACGCGGUUUCUUCUCGGUGUCUAUAAGCUGCGGGGCUGCAGUCCAAUGGGAGACAGCGAUGACGAGUUCGACAGGAGGAGGCGGGACAAGUUCAGGAGAGAGAGGAGCGACAUGGAGCGGUCGAGAGAGAGGGAGGAGAGGCGGAGGGACGACUGGCCCGACAGGGAGUGGGACCGCGGAAGAGAGAGGAGGCGGGACUACGAUCGUGGUCGUAGAGAGAGAUUUUCUCCUCCCAGACACAUCAGCCCUCAGCACAAGCGCAUGAGGAGAGACUGGGACGACCACCGGGGCGAGCCGUACCGCUACGACAUGCCGUAUGGAGGAGGCGGGGGUCCGUUUCCGGGUGCGGGACCUCAGGGCUGGCACCCCGACAUGCCCCACCUUCACCCACACCAUGCAGGGCACCCGCUGCAGGGCAGGUUGGGGAUGAUGGAUCCAGAUCUCCCUCCUCCUGGUCCUCCCACCAUGCGGAGCUUCAAGGAGUUCCUGUUGAACAUGGAGGACAGCGUCGACGAGACGGAGUCGGUGAAGCGCUACAACCAGUACAAACUGGACUUCAGGCGACAGCAGCUGCAGGACUUCUUCCUCCAACACAAAGACCAGGAGUGGUUUCGCUCCAAGUACCAUCCCGAUGACAUCACGGCGAGGAAGGCGGAGUCUCUGGCCGCCCUCAAGACCCGGCUGGGCGUCUUCCUCUUCCUGCUGGACAACAACUGGCUGGACAACGUGUCGCUGGACAUGGAGCACGCCCCCGCCAUCAUCAAACUGCUGGACGCAGCCGUAAUAAAGAUGGAGGGAGGUACGGACCUGGACCUGCAGGUCCUGGAGGUGCCGGCUGCUCCUGCAGCAGCUGGAGGGGAUGCCAGCAGCGGCGGCGGCGCCGGCGGUGCGGUGGCAGGUGGAGGUGGCGGGGAGAAGAGUCAGGGAGAUCCCAGCAGAGGAAACGGUCAGACCGGCUCGCCGUCGACGAGCAGUCGGACAGAGGCGACGACCAGCGGAGAGGCGGGCGAGAUAAAAGAUUCCGAUAAGGACUGCGAAGAAGAAGCCAAGCAGAACGGAGAGGAGAAAGACGAGGAAGAGGAGGAGGAGGAGGGGGAGGAGAAGAAGGAUGAAGAGGAGGAGGAGGAAGAGAAGACGGCUAAGAAAGGCAGGAAGAGGAAACGCAGCGUGUCUGCUGACAGCGGCGAGGGCAGCGCCUCAGACUCUGACUCCUCCCACUCUGAUGGGGAGAAGGAGGAAGACGAGGAGAAGGACGAAGAGGAAGAGGACGGAGAGGACGAGCGGCGUAAAGAGCGAGGGAAGGAGCGAGAGAAGGAGACACCAGCGAAGCCCCGCCCCCUCCACCUCACCACCUCAUUGUUCAUCCGAAGCAUCCCGCCAGAGGUGUCCAAGGAGGAGAUCACUGCUUUGUGUCGCAGGUACACGGGCUUCCUGCGGGUGGCGCUGUCUGACCCUCAGCCUGAGAGGAGGUUCUUCAGGCGGUGCUGGGUGACGUUUGACCGCAGUGUGAACAUCAAGGAGACGUGCUGGAACCUGCAGAACAUCAGGCUCAGGGACUGUGAACUGUCUCCGGUGGUCAACAGAGACCUGUGUCGACGCGUUCGCACCGUGAACGGCCUGACGCACCACAAACCGGUGGUGAGGAACGACAUCCGGCUGUCGGCCCGACUCGUGCACAGUCUGGACCAGAAGGGGGAGCUGUGGGCCGGACAGGUACGGUCCUCCACGUUCAGUCUGUGGUCACUGCUGAGGACGGCUGCAGAGAGGAAGACCAACCUGUGUGUGUGUGUGUUUCAGAUGGAGACCAACCCGGUUCUGAAGAACAUCACAGACUACCUGAUAGAGGAGGUGAGCGCCGAGGAGGAGGAGCUCACAGGGGCCUCGGGGGGCAACGGUGAUGACGCAGGGGACGGCAAGGACCCCUCCUCCUCUGAGGUUACCGUGGAGACGGACGAGAAGCUGCUGAAGGUGCUGGACAGGCUGCUGCUCUAUCUGCGUCUGGUUCACUCUGUAGAUUAUUACAACUUCUGUGAAUACCCCGCGGAGGACGAGAUGCCUCAUCGCUGUGGGCUGAUCCACGUACGAGGACCCCUGCCUGUAGCCAAGAUCACUGCGGCCGAGGUGAGCGAGCAUCAGAGGAUGUGUGAGGAGCGUCUGGCUCCUCUGCUUUCUGCUGCUGAGACUCUGACUGAAGAAGAAGCUGCCAGGCUGGGCAAGAAGGAGCCGGAGCAGGAGGUGGAGAAGUUCCUGUCAGCCAACACUCAGGAGCUCAGUAAAGACAAGUGGCUCUGUCCUCUGAGCGGUAAAAAGUUUAAGGCUCCAGAGUUUGUCCGUAAACACAUCCUGAACAAACACGGAGACAAGGUGUCCGCCGUCAGACAGGAGGUCGUGUUCUUCAACAACUUCCUGCUGGACGCCAAGAGGCCCGCGCUACCUGAGAACAAGCCCCUCCCACCACCCGCACAAGCCACUCCCCCUGGUAUGCCAGGAUUUCCUGGUCAGUCACCGCAGCAGCAAAGCCUUCUGGGAUAUCCACCUGGAGUCAGACCGCCUAUGCCCGGCUUUCCAGGCGGCGGACCUCCCUACCCCCCCAACCAGUUUGGGGCGGGGCGUGGUAACUACGACAACUUCAGAGGGCAUUUAGGAGGAGGCGGCGGAGGAGGAGGAGGGGGGUUUCCUGGGAAACAACGAAACAACAGGGGCAUGCGAGGCGACCCGCGGUCCAUCAUCGAGUAUAGAGACCUGGACGCCCCUGACGACCUCGACUUCUUUUAAACACAACGAAGCGAAACCACACAGGAUGUUUUUUUUUAAACCUUUUUUAUUCCUACAUUUCCCAUGAUUCUUUUCACCGUCCCUCCGUCAUUUGUUAAUGUCUUUAAUUUUUUUAGUGAGGUGUGUGUGUCUGUGUCCAUCGGCAGGACCAACGUUGCUUAAAGUCAUUAGUGAAGUUGAACUGAUUCCACUUUCCAAUAAAGAUUCAGCGACACUGA